AUGCUGGGAUGGUUGAGCGAUGCGGCGGCGACGAUGGUUUGCUGCAGCCUGGAGGAGAAGGAGGGACUGGAGAGACCGUCUCUCGUUCACAUCCGUCCGUUUGAUAGCCAUCAGGCCGACGAGCCAUACAAACCACCCACGAUGACACUCGGCUCGGUGGGGAUCACCAUCUCCACUAUAUCGCCGGAUCGCCCCCUCAACGUUACGUCUGUGGAAGCUGGAGGUCCUGCCGACAGGGCGGGGAUGCAGGUGCAGGAUAAGCUUCUGCAGAUUGAUGGAAUUGCAUGCACAAGCCCUAACGAUGCCGUUCGCCUCUUCGCCCUCAACUCGUCAGCAGCAAACCCUGUGGCUGUACAUGUUCUGCGAGACAAAGUGGAUGGAUCAGGGAGUUUGAAGCACGACGUCUUGGAAUUGAAGAUUCACAGGAUGGCUGCUGUAUCUGCCGCAAACUCACCUGGAUCUUCAAAAUACACAGAGUUUCACAGAUCUCAAGCAGAUGUUGAAGAGCUCAACGAUGAGAACCAGCGUCAAGACAAGGCAACAGAUGAGAUUGAGAAGGGGUUGGCCGGGUACCAGCAUGUGGAUCAUGAUCCGACUCAAGCGAAAGUUCAUGAGAGUGAUUGGUGUUAA